GAGGCGGGCUGCAGCCAGACUCUCUUGAAUUAUUUUCACUUUGUUUGCGUUUUUAACGUUUACGCUAACGUUACUGUUAUUUUUUGACUGUGCAAUGUGCAUACGGAAAUGAUCGCGCUUUAUUUUGAAAGGCUCACUUUUCAUUUCUGGGUUAGAUGCGACAUAACCGGAAAAUUUUACUUUCACUUCGAGUAAAUUUUUGUUUUUAUACUUAACGAAUGUUUCAGACUCCUGAAGCAUUUAUUUGUGUAUUCGUACAUGUUAUCGAACAUUACGAAGUUAUAGUUAGGCUUUUUUUUUUUUUUUUAAUUAUUUUUGUUGCAGAAAUGGCGUGAGAACAAUCAAGUGGGACUGAGCUCUUGUCAUUUUGGUGAUAUUAGCUGAAUGCGAAACAUCAAACCAUGCCUUCAAGAAACCAUCUGGAUAAAAUCGGAAGAAAGACGAAAAAGAAAUGGACGGAGGAAGCUAUGGAGCAUGCGCUAAUGGAAGUCAAGUCAGGGAGGUGCACUGUGAGACAGGCAGCCAAGGAAUUUGGAGUGCCCAAAUCCUCGCUAGGGGACCGGGUGAGCGGGCGGGUGAGGCCCGGAAGUCGCAGCGGGCCCGCUCAGCUUAUCACGUCAUCUGACGAGGAACUCUUAGUGGAGUUCUCCUUGUACGUGUCGAAGCACGGUUUCCCGCUCACUAAACAGCAGCUGGUGUCCUUCGCGUCUUCCAUUUACAAGCGUCAACACAGAAGGGUGGCCUUUUCCAAACUGGGCCAGACCUGGUGGCUCAACUUUCGAAAGCGUCAGGAGAAGAACAUCACCAUUCAACCGGCGGAUGCCGCCAACCGCGGUCGGACGGUUCACGUCAGAAAGGAAGCGCUGGAUUACUUUUUUCACAUUUUGAACUCCGUCGUGGAAGCUCACGCGUUGCGGGACAAGCCAUAUCACAUCUGGAACUGCAACGAGAUGAGUUUUCAACUGGCUCGGAAGAGGGCGGUUCUUCCCAAAUCGUCCGGGCAGGGCUGCAAGUCGACACCAGGUUUCAAGGACUACAUCUCGGUGAUGGCUUGCUUGAACGCCGCCGGGGUGGAUAUACCCCCGUUUGUGGUCUACUCCAAAGCCUACCCGAGCGGAUUGUGCUACAAAACACGCGGGCCGUCGGACGCCCUCUACGGAUGGUCGGACUCGGGAUGCGUCACCUCGGAACUUUUCAAGAAGUGGUUCCUCAGACAUUUUCUGGUUUACGCUCCUAAAGAGCGGCCGCUUCUCCUGAUUUUCGACGGACACAAGUCGCCGCUGAACUUGGAAGUGGUGGAAACGGCCCGUAAGGAAGGCGUCAUCCUCGUGUGCCUGCCGCCUCAUUGCGCGCACGUCCUGCAGCCGUUAGACGCGGGUUUAUUCCCGCUUAUCAAGCGACGGUUCGCCGUGCUUUUAGGUGAAGCCCACGCCGCUGAUGUGACUCUCUUCGCAGUCAGCAAAAAGGACUUCUCGGGCGUGUUGAAAGGGGCCUACCAGGUGACUAAAGAGGAUGAGGGGAUUAGGAUAGUUAAGGAAAGUUUUAGGAAAUGUGGUUUAUACCCUCUGUGCCACUUUCCAUUUAAUGACGACCAUUUAAUGCCGUCGCAAAACAUGGGCGCCCAACCUGGGGACGCAACGGCAAAGGACAGUUUAGGAAGCCUCUCAUCCGCUCCUGGACCGUCAGCCUAAUUCUGUCACUUAUACGUACAUUAUAAUAAAGAAUUUAAAAGUCACAAGCAAUUGUGGGUUUUUUUUUGUCCCAUAGGUGGAUGACUCUUAAUGUGGAAUUAAUGAAAAUGGAAAGCAGUGUCGUCGUGAGGCUAUAGACUUCAUAAUGAUAUUGACGGGACAAAGGGCGCGGGGCAGAUUAAUAGGGGGUCGAUCUCCGUCAUAGCUGAGCGAGUGGAAACACAGACAAAGAGCUUUUUACGUUGAAAAUUCUUGUGAAUAAAUGCUUGAAUCCCUGAUUUUUUUUAUAGAUAUGAAUGUAAAACAGUCUGGAUUCUUGGUUAAAAGAAAAAAAAAGUGCAGUUAGCAUUUAUUUUAUGUAAAUAUGUCGAAGUACAAUGCUAGUUUGUUAGUAAAUGUAGCUAGCUGCCACCUGAUGUAAACAGCUUUUCCGGUGAAAAUUCUUGUGAAUAAAUGCUUAAAAUCCCUGAAUUCUUUAUAGGUAUGGACGUAAAACAGUCUCAAUUCUUGGAUAAAAGCACAAAAAAAAAACGUGCAGUUAGCAUUUAUUUUAUGUAAAUAUGUCGAAGUACAAUGCUAGUUUGUUUUUGAAUGUAGCUAGCGGCCGCCUGAUGUAAACGCAGCUUUUUCGGUGAAAAUUCUUGUGAAUAAAUGCUUAAAUCCCUGAAUUUUUUAUAGAUAUGGAUAUAAAAUAGUCUCGAUUCUUUGUUAAAAGAGCAAAGAACUGGGCAGUUAGGAUUUAUUUUACGUAAAUAUGUCGAAUGUGAAGGCGGCACGGUGGCUGAGUGGUUAGCACGUCCGCCUCACAGUUCUGAGAUCAAGGGUUCAAUCCCGGGCUUCGGCCUUCCUGUGUGGAGUUUGCAUGUUCUCCCCGUGCCUGCGUGGGUUUCCUCCGGGAACUCCGGUUUCCUCCCACGUCCCAAAAA